UUUAUUAAUAAGAAAUGUCUAGCACAGCCGGAUUUUAACACCCGGCAUCCGACAGUCUAGUUAUGUCAUAUCCCUAUGCUACCAGCCAGCAACAUUUCCCAGCUUUCCGUCUUCCGUUAACAUUUUCUUCAAACCCUAACCAUUUCUCUUCUUAUCAUCGCAUUCUCUGUAAACCCCUUUUUCUCCUCAACACAGGUUAUGACGGGGAACUUCAACAUGUUCCCACUAGAGAUCAUUUUAGAAAUACUCGUUCGUUUAUCCACUGAAUCAAUUUUACACUGCAAAUCGGUAUGCAAACAAUGGAGGGAUCUCAUCUCUCACCCAUCUUUCCCCAAAUGCACUUAACUCAUCUCAGUGAUCCAUAUUCUGUUGAUUCUAGUAAGUUGGGCUUUCUGUUCUUGUACCAGAAUGAAGGUACAAUCACUUCUUUUAUUUUGAAUACAGUGAGAAUCAAGAUGAGACACCCUUUAAUGGAAUUACAAGGGUUAACAUACACCCUCCAUUUAUGUUUUAUAAAAUUCGGAAUUCAUGUAAUUGUUUGAUAUGUUUCGGUGUUUCCUAUGGUGAUAAUUGUUCUCUGUUUGAUGCUUGUAUCUGUAAUCCAAUUACUAAAGAAUAUGUUGCUCUUCCAAAACUGGAAGAAGGUUUUACUCGUAAUGGCCGUGUAAUGAGUGGGUUUGGUUACCUUUCUUUAAGUGAUGAGUACAAGGUUAUUAGAAUUUACAAUGAACCCGAGAAACCUAAUGUUGGAUUAGUUGACGUAUAUACUCUUGGAAGUGGCAGGGGAUGGAGAAAUGUAGGAGAAUUCAACCGUGAAAUCGUAUUGUUUGCUUCGCGACAUGGUACAUUUGUAAAUGGAGCUAUUUAUUGGAUAAAUGCAAAUGGAGUCAUUGUAGUUUUCGAUUUAGUUGACGAAAAUUUCCUGACAAAAUUGGAAUUUCUGACAUUUGGUUACUUGAGGGGAAAAAUGGUAAUCGUGAUGCGGAUCCCAUUUGGAGGAAAAAGGCAAGUGUUAUGCGUACUUUAAGACCAUUUGCCCUUCUGAAAAGUGGUGAAGUUCUAUGCUACAAUGAUACCGAUCUGUAUCUCCAUAACCCGACAAUACCAUCUCUAGAAAUGCUUGUGAAUAUGGAUGAAGAAAUUUCUCGGCCCGUUCCUCACAUGAACACCUUAGUUUCGCUGAAAGCUUUAGGAGAAGAAGAUACGCAGAUGAUGUAGUCAGCUGACCAAGGUAAGAGCUAUAAUAAGUGAGGAGGCAGAUGAAGCAGCAUUGCGAUGGAAGAGGCAGUGAUUAGCAGAUGAGGUACCAUUUCUUGAACUCUUUCCAGUCCAGUGCUUGUUAAUGGAUAAUGGAUAGCUAUUACAUAUAGAUUACUGUAAGUCUGCUACUUAUAUGGUACAUCUCGUCUUUAUAUCAUGUGAUAUUUAACUUGGA